GAUGGGCUUUGGGCUUUCUAACAAGUCCAAUUGAUAUGGAAAAACAAAGAAAAACCGGCGAAAGGGGAAAAACCUUCGACUGAGCUAUCACCCUCCAUUGCGCCCGCCUCCACUUCAUACCCAAAACCCCCCUUCUCAGAUUUACAAUGCAGAGAACAUUAAAGUCGUUGAUUCGACCUGUCUUGAGGCAGAGAGGGUUUUCCACCAGCUCUGAAAGAAUCGUUGCUUCCGUUCUAUUCGAGAGGUUGCCCGUAGUUGUUCCCAAGAUCGACCCCGUCGUCUACGCCUUCCAGGAGUUCUCGUUUAGAUGGCAACAGCAGUUCCGAAGAAGAUAUCCUGAUGAGCUUUUGGAUAAGUCUAAUUCCCGAGGGAAAGGGGACUACCACAUUGACUAUGUACCAGCUCCACGAAUAACUGAAGCUGACAAAAACAAUGACAAAAAGUCAUUACAGAGAGCACUCGAUAGAAGGCUUUAUCUUCUUCUUUAUGGAACCACAGAUGGGGACUCUACUGGUAAGCCUGUGUGGCAUUUUCCUGAAAAAGUUUACGAAUCAGAGGAGACCAUGCGAAAGUGUGCAGAGUCCGCAUUGAAAAAUGUGAUAGGAGACCUAUCCAAUACUUAUUUUGUUGGAAAUGCCCCUAUGGCCCACAUAGCUAUACAGCCCACCGAGAAUCAAGCAGAAUCUCCAUCUUUGAAGCGAUUCUUCUUCAAGUCUCAAGUUAUUGCAACCAACAAGUUCAACAUUAAAAAGUGCGAGGAUUUUGUUUGGGUGACCAAGGAUGAAGUUCUGGAGUAUUUUCCCGAGCAAGCUGAAUUUUUUAAGAAGAUGAUCAUCAGCUGAUUUACACAUGCUUCCGCUCUAUGUAUGAAAUUUUUGCAAUUGAGUCAACAAGAUGACUUUUGACCAUGUUCAAUCCAGAAGCUGAAGUUUGAUAAAAAUUGAAAAUCUUUUAGAGUUGCUAUGACAGGGGAACAGUGAUUCAUCUCAACCUGAGUUUUUAGCACAUACAUGUUUGAGUGCAUCAACUCCUGCAAUUUGCCUAGCUUUUUUUUUUUUUAAAAAAAAAAAACUUAGUCACAGCAAUAAUUUAUUGAGUUGAUCAUGGUUUGCCUCUCACAGUCCACCUUCAAUAACUUGUGUAUCUUUUCUAGUGAAGGAAAAAAAAUGCAUAUGAAGCAUACUAGCAUAGACUCUGUUAUCGUCACUUCGAAUGUUGUUGUAAAUUUUAAAUAAUUAUACUAUAUUUAAGUUUUAAUUUUUCUAGAAAAAAAUUCUUAAUUUAUUGACUCAAUCCAAACAAGAGAAAAAGAAAUUUUUCUCCUUAAAAUCUAACAAAUCUGUUUUCCCUA